AUGAAGUCUCUCGUUCACGUCGCCGCGGUGUUGACCGCUAUCGUCGUCCCAACUCUCGCUGCCACCACAACCUCGGAUGCGGACAUCAUCUUCACCACCCAGGCCGCCUCUCAAGACCCCGACUCCGGAAGCCUCUGCCCGGACUUCAAUGGGAAGAACAUCACAGACAAUGCAGGCCUGCGGUAUGCGGUGUCAUGUAAUUGGAUCAUGACUGCAUUCGGUGAGGAAGAAGUCGGAGGUGCCACUUCACCACUCAUCUGCAUGGAUGCUUGCGACGACAAUGUGGAGUGCUAUGGUGUCAACAUGCACCUGGAGGGAGGCUGCACUCUCAUCUCAGGAGAACAGACUGGACUUCGUGCUGCUGAGGGCUCCCUCAACCUGGUCCGUCUCGGUCCAGGACCCGUCAAGUCGACUUCGUCCAAGGUUCAGAUCACCAGCACGGUAGCCGCUCAGUCCACUUCGUCAAAGGUUCAGAUCACCAAGACUGUGUACGUCACUGCCUCCCCGAGCAAAGCGGAGACCUCGACGACCGAGUCGAGCGUCCAACCUGCACCAUCAGCCACUCAAUCCUCCCAAUGUGACUUGGAUAGCACCAAUCUAUGCCCGCAAUGUGACAACACUGUCGCUGUGGAUCAAGCCGGUAUUGCCUAUACCAUCUUCUGCGAUAGCCGGCUGUACAGCGACAGCAAAUACUCCAUCCAAGAGUGGCUCACCCCCGCCGGCUGCCUAGAGUACUGCGAUGAGCUCGACUUUUGCGAGGGCGCAAGCUACUAUGACGAACGCAGCUGUGAGCUUGCGAGAGGACAGAAUGUCUUCCCUAUCGGUCAGGCUGGAUACACCGCCUUCCUGCCGGUCUACACUGGUGCACCAAUUGCGCUUCCAGACCCAGCGUCGCCGAGUGCCUUUCCGACAUCAGCUCCCAGGCCUACCCGCUUUCAGUUGUCGAACACCACGAAUGUCACGACGACCUCAUCAUCAGCAGAGCCAACCUUCUCGAUCCUUCCCAUCGACACCGGAUGCAACAUGUCCGCUCUGACCUGUCCCGAGUGCACCGGCGCACCAUACACCGACGAGCUUAACGCUACUUACACUGUGAUGUGCGACUUUGCGCCAGUCUGUGAGAGUCUGUCGUAUGUAGACGCAUCGUCGUCUCAAGAAGAUUGCAUGCAAGACUGCGACCAGGAUGCUACCUGUCUUGCGGUGCUCUUCUUUUCAACCACUCAGAGCUGCACUCUUUGCAAGCAAGGCAUCGAGGGUGGCCCAGGCGAAGAUCUGGACUACAUCGUUCUGCUAGCCGAUAUCGAUGGCGAUGAAGACCCUGAGACACCUGUGACCACUCCAAAGCCUGCGACGACUCGACCUGCGACAACUCGACCGGCCUCUGCUGGAUGGUCGGGAUACCCUACCAACGCAACUCGCGGUCCACCAUCAUACAACAACACUGUCACGUUGCCAACUGCCACUCCUGCUUUCACUUCCACUCGGAGAAGUAUCACCGACCUUCCCACUCCCUUCCCUGUCCCUAGCGGCAUAGCUGUCGGUCCCGUCGGACCUGUCAUUCCACCCGCGAGCAUCACCGCCAACAGCACCUCAGCCACAUCGACCUCUGACGCCGCCACGAUCACAAGUGCCGCAUCAGUCUCGGCACUUCCCAUCAGCGCUGCGUCUUGUCCAGGUCUCGCUGAAGGAGUCUUUGUCGACCCAACCGACUACGAAUUCUACAAGGUCCUCUGCGACAGCAUCCUCACUGCAGCCCAUUCUCGAUACACCAGCGCUUCCGACUUCCCCGCUUGCGUCGCUGCCUGCACUGGAGACUGUGACGCCGUCCAGUUCGGCUACACCACACGCUGCGGACUGUACACCGAUGUCAGUCUCUUUGGCCCUGGCGAAGGAUGGACCGCCGCGAUCCGUCUCGUGGACGCUACGAGCACUGAUUUACCCUACUCGACUGCUGUCGAGGCUACCACCACGGCAUCCCUCAUGCCUGUGAUGAGUGCCUCUUCGAAUGAAACGAUCACUCGAGCUGCCGCCUCUCCUGUCAUGACGCCGGCUGGUCUGGUUGGCUACAAGGUCUGA